AUGUCGAUACGUGAACAAGGAAUACACUAUAGUAGUGAUAUUUUGCGUGUUUUUAUUGAGAAGGAGGAAUAUACCAUAGUAGUGAUCUCUUGCGUGUUCUUUUCAGAACGAGAAAUACACUAUAUUACACAAGCCUUAUUCUCAAAUAUCAACCUGCGAACGGGCAUACGCAUAACGGGCUGUAUGGCCUGCGGAGGAUGUAGAUAUACAGUAGUGAUAUUUUGCGUUAAUUUCACUUCGUAUCGUAGCUUGCCCAGUUCCUAUCAUAGCUUGCCCAGUUCCACUAAAUAACGGGAAUUCAUAAUAAUUACGUUUUUUAAUUUCACUUCGUAUCAUCGUAUCACUUGCCCAGUCCUAAUAAAUGACGCGACUUAUAAUAAUGACGUCAUUAUUUUCACUUCGUAUCAUCGUAUAACGGAAAUAAAACAGUCACAAAAGUGGACGGGUACUCUAUAAUCUAGCCUAAUGAUCUACACUGGAUGAUGAUGAGCAGAGUUUUUCUGGGGGUCCUGCACACCAAUGGAGAGGGGGGCAUCCCGACAGUCACUUGUACAAUAAAUGGUUUACCCCUCCAGCAUCAAUAACUAAUGCUUAUAAUUCAUUAUGCUUUUGUGUACUGUACAUGUUGUUUUGUGUUUUCCUUUACACGUGUUGUUAUACGACGACUUUUUUUUGUAGAAUUUCUCCUGCCACAUGAUGACUCCUCACGAUCUGACGAAUUUCCUAAUACAUAUACAGAGGAAGUACAAAGUUACCUCCCAAAUAAUGACAGCUCCAGUGAGUCCAACCAGCCAACAACAGAAAUAUCAGGUGAAGGAUCUGAAAGCAUCCAAGAAGGCAGUUUUGAAAAGGUUAUCUUGGACUGCAUAAAAAAAUGCAAUACAGAGAAUAUUAUAGACCCCAUUGAAAUAUUGAGGUGUGCUUCGACAUAUAUAGUACAAGGCCGACCACUUGACAUUACUUCAGCAUCAGAUACAGUCGAAGGUGCAACCAAUUUUAUUCAUGUAGACAGAGAAGGAGUUUUACAAUCUGCAUUUGAAAAGAUAAGCUCUUUAGAGAAUCCACGACUUAUCUUGGAAGUUUCAUUCUAUGGCGAACUGGCGUCAGAUUUGGGUGGUCCUAGGAAAGAGUUUUUUAUGCUAUGUCUGAGAAAGAUACAAUCAAAGUACUUUGCUAAAGGGUUACGAGAUUACAUGAGUGCGGAUUAUGAAGUUGUUGGGUUAAUAAUGGGGCUUAGUAUGUUACAGAAUGGACGUGUUCCCCAUUAUCUGACUGAGGAAAUUAUCAAAGAAACAUUCAUGACAGAAUCUCCUUCUCUGUGUAUCGCUAAUCUACGAGCAGGGUUUGCUAAAGUUCGGCUCUUUCAAAUUGGCAAGGAGUUACCAGCUUUCGUUGAUUUGUUUCGUGCAACAAACUCAAACAGGUUGACACGAAAGAAAUUGAUUAGUCUUCUCGAGCCAUCUUUUUCAGAGGAAGGUUCAAACACGCGCCAUUAUGAGAAUGCUGCUUAUAGAACAUUCUCAAAUUAUGUACGUAUUGUUGCUAGUGGUAGAAGGAAUCAAGUGGCGUUGGGAAAUAUUCUACAGUUCUGUAUGGCGACUGAUGAAGAGCCACCCAUUGGUUUCGCCAUGCAUCCAUCCAUCCAAUUCGUUACAGCCUCGUCUUCCUCCAAAUGUGCAUUUAUUUCCUUCCGCGAAUACAUGCAGCCAAGUUGUGACGUUUCCUAUACCUUCACAUGA